AAGCUAUCUGUGUAAGCAAGCUUUGGGUUUGUGCUUCUUAACAGAAUUAAGUGAAAGUUGAAUGUUUACUUUUGUUCGAAAAUUUCUAAAACGGGACAUCAACCAAGGUUCAGGUUAUUCCUUUAGGAAUAAUGCCAUUGGUCAUAUUAGCUCUACCUUUCUCUGGAAUUCCACAGUCUCCAUUAACAAAAUCCUAUUCCGCCAUCGAGGGGAACUCCCCCACUAAAAGGUUACGUGCCUUAUAAAGAACGAGACCUUGCUCCAAACCAGUAUCGAAAAAAGAGUUGUUUUGUGAACAGAAUGACCGUGUCUCUCGCUUCAUCUGUAUGAGUAAUUUUUGCAUAAAUAUAUAGUGCUACGUUAUUCAUAACAACAAAACGUUGUGGCCAAGUACAGCGGUUACUCGUGUGAUCUGUAGGAGUAACGCAAUUGAAAAUGACAAUUGUCAACGGGGAACUCAUAGGUGAGGGAACACCUAGGGACGCCAACCUCCAGCACCCGAAUGUACCAUUGGGUACCUAUCUCGAAACCGUGAUUCAGAAGAAUAUUGCUAAUUACGGAGAUGGAAAGUGGAUUACCGAUGUUUCAACAGGUAAAUCGAUGAACUACAGCCAACUGAUCAGCAGUCUAAGGUCAGUGGCUUCAGCAUUACGAAAAAGAGGCCUAAAAACUGGUGACAGUGUAGUUGUUAUCGGUCGCAAUGAUAUUGAACUUCCACUCAUGUCGAUGGCUGUAUGGCGUGCUGGAGGCACCCAGGCCUGUCUCAGUGUCAACUUACCUCGAGAUGCCAUCGAGGCUCGCAUUAAGGAAAUCGGUAGCAAAUUUAUUUUGACAGAUUAUGCUCGAGCUGGUCGAAUAGUCGAAGUUGCUAAGCGGCUAGAUUUCGUAAAAGAAGUAUUCGUAAUUGGAGAUGAAGGAGUGACUGGCUGUACACAGUUUCAUGAAUUAUUGAAAGAUGCUGGAAACGAAUGCCCGGAAAAUCUGGACGAUGUUGAAAUUAAUUCGACGGCGUGGUUGGCUUAUACGAGUGGCACAACAGGGACAGCGAAAUGCGUUAUGCUCUCGCACCGAACAGUGGUUGGAUGGCAUUUACCUUACAAUACUGCCAGAAUAGCAAGUAAAACCAAGAUUCUUUUUGUCAAUAAUAUGAACAACACUGGUGGACUCUGCAAAGCCUUAGGAUCAACAACAUGCCACUUAGAACUGUACUGCAUGUCAACUUUUAGUGAAGAGAAUUUUCUAUCAGCCAUUGAUUCUGUUAAGCCUCCAGCAGUCAGCAUAUUUCCAGCUCAUAUUGCCUGGAUUUGCAAGUACCCCCAUUUGAAGCAAUAUGAUCUGUCAAGCGUGAAGAUCGUCUCUGUAGUAGGAUCCUUGUUAAACCCCAAAUAUGAACGCGAGAUUUUCGACAAGCUUCCAAAUUUGCUCGUAAUCAAUAACGUGUAUGCAAUGAGUGAAGUUGGACUGGUAUGUCGUCAGCGCCCACCAACUAUGGCUGCACUGGACAAAUCUAUAGCCAUUAAAAGGCAUAUUUUUGGCUCAGCGGGGACAGUACACAUGUUUUGCAAACUAAAGGUGAUUAAUCCAGAUACUGGUGAUAAACUUGGUCCAAAUCAAGUAGGAGAAAUCUGUGUACAAACCCCAUUUAUGCUCACAGGGUACCUCAACAAGCCAGAAGAAACUGCCAAUUUCCUUAGAGAAGAAUGGGCUCAUACGGGGGAUAAAGGAUACUAUGAUGAUAAUGAACAAGUUUUUAUUGUUGGACGCUACAAAGAACUGAUCAAAUUUCGCAAUCUCAACAUAUUACCAAGCAACAUUGAAAGUAAAAUAGUAAGUCAUCCUGCUGUCGAAGAUGCAGCAGUCGUGGGUUUACCUCACGACGAGGAUGGGGAACGACCAUUGGCUUUCGUAGUCUUAUCUGCAAAGAAAGAAGUUUCGGCUGAUGAAUUGAUGGCUUAUGUAAACGAUAAAGUUAUGGACGAAGAAAAAUUACGUGGUGGACUCCGCUUCAUUGAGAAAAUUCCAAGAAAUGAUUUGGGCAAAAUAAUCCGGCCGGAACUGAUGAAGAUUUUAAAAUAAGUUUACCUUUUGGUCUGUACACACUAGACAUUGGACGGCAAUUGGUUAUGAAAAUUUAACUUCACGCGCUGUGUAGUGUUCUUUGUGUGGUGGAUUAUUGCGUGAAUUUUUUUGGAAGGUUCCAGCAAAAAUCAAAAAGGUUAAUCAACCUAUCCCUCAAGCAUCUGUCUCGUAAAGAUGGCUUCUGCGUCUCAUUAUUAGCUUAGCCAUAAACUGAAGUUUUAUUGUUUUUUCUUCUAUUUGGUUUUCUCGUCGUUAAUUAAAUGGGUUUCCCCCCAUUUCAGUAGUUUUUAAAUAAAACGGAAUCGAAGUAGUUUUAUAACAAUCACUUCGAAUUUGGAUAACUCUUAAACUAUAAUUUUAAAGUGAAAACAAACUGAAUUUUCGACAUCGUUAAAUUGCGAGUUUAAAUCGUGUUUGUGUGGCAAUAUCUGGUUUGUAAAACAUUAAUAAAUAAA